AUGUGCGAGUACAGACGAUCGAUGGUCAGCGAUGGUGGACCACCCGAUCCUGGCGCGUCCGUUCUACAUGGUGCAUCCGUGUCAGACGGGGGAGCUUCUGGCACAGGUGAAGGACCACGAGCCGAGUUUGCUGGCGUUUUGGUGGAAUUUUUAUUCACGGGUGCUAAUCUGAAAUUACACCCAAAAUGGAGCAUUGCUUGUUAUUUUUUUGCCCAUCUCAGUAUGGCAUCUUCUUUCAACCAAACCCGAACGCAAAUAGUGGGGGUGGAAAACCAGCUUUCGGGGCUGUUGGCCGCGUACAGCGCGUUUGCGUCGUCGCCAGGACCCGAGCCGAGCCCGGAAGAGGCGCAGACAGAAAACAAAAUCAGCACGGUGUUUUCCAGCCUCUCAGCCUUGGUGAAGGAACUCAACAGGGUGGUGGACUCGCAGUCGCUUAGUAACACGAUCUCGGCGUCUAAAAUGCAGCAGCUGGCCCGCCACAAGGAAAACCUCAACCAGUACUCGAUCGACUUCAACCGAAUCAAGUCCACCAUCAAACAAGAGCGCGACAAGAUCAACUUGCUUUCGUUUGUUCGCACAGAUAUAGAGGACCACGAGAGACGGGUGGACUCGUCCGGGGCGUCCGGUAACGAGGACGGCUACAUGCUGAACGAGAGAUUACGACUGAACCAGCAACAUAGUGCAAUGGACACGCUUCUGGGCCAGGUGUUUGAGACCAGAGACGAGAUCCUGCGACAACGGAACGUGCUCAGCAGCGUGGGGAACCGUUUGCAGCGGUCGCUCGGCACGAUGCCGGGGCUCAACGUGCUGCUUUCCAAGAUCAACACGCGGCGCAAACGCGACUCGCUUAUCAUUGCCGGGGUGAUUGUCACGUGUAUUGUUUUGCUAUGGUUCCUAGCAUAG